AUGACGGCCUCACCGCCAGCCUCACCAACGGGGACCGCCCCGCGGCCCAUCAGCGCGGUGAUGCGCACGCCGCGCAGCAAUAGUCGCAUGAGUAUGAGUAGUCGGCAGGGUGGAAGCCGGGCCUCGGACGAAGAUGGCAAGACCGCCGUCAAAGUCGCUGUCCGAGUGCGACCUCCUCUGAAACCCACCGAUCCCGGAUACGAAUUGAUUCCGCAACGAUUCCAACGCUCCAUGGUUCACGUCACGGCCCCGACCAGUUUGGCCGUCGAUGUGCCGCAAGGCCGCAAGCUCUUCGUUUUCGAUCGCGUAUUCCCUGAAACCGUUGACCAAGAUGGUGUUUGGGAAUAUCUGAAUGACAGCGUAAGCUCGUUCGUCCAGGGAUAUAAUGUUUCCCUUCUUGCCUACGGUCAAUCCGGUGCCGGAAAAUCCUAUACCAUGGGUACCUCGGGCCCUAGUGAGCAAAGUCAAGCAGAGGCAAUGGGUAUUAUUCCCCGUGCUGCGCAAGCUUUGUUCGAGAAGCUCGAUGGCCCCUCCAAACACACCCGCAAUGGCUCAAGUUCAACUGGUCUGCGGACCCCUCAAAGAUACUCCAUGAGUUCCGCCGCUAGCUUUGGGAAACUGAACCUGGAGAAGAACUGGCAGCUCAAGGCGACUUAUGUCGAGAUCUAUAACGAACAUCUCCGCGAUCUGCUUCUUCCCGAAUCCACUGGGAGCAGUGACCGCAGCAACGUUUCAAUUCGCGAAGAUACCAAAGGGCGCAUCCUUCUCACAGGCCUCCACCAGGUCAAUAUUAACUGCUUUGAUGAUCUGAUCGGUGCCCUGAACUUCGGCUCCACUAUUCGCCAAACCGAUUCCACCGCGAUCAACGCCAAAUCCUCCCGCUCGCAUGCUGUUUUUAGCUUGAAUCUCGUCCAGCGGAAGUCUAGUGGUGUGCAAGCAACUUCUUCUCCGAAAGAAAAGCGCAUGUCUAUGCCUGUUGAUUCCUUCUCAGGCGGUGAUUCCAUCACUGUUGAAAGCAAGCUCCACUUCGUCGAUCUGGCUGGUAGUGAGCGUUUGAAGAACACCGGUGCCUCUGGUGAGCGCGCAAAGGAGGGUAUCUCGAUCAAUGCUGGUCUCGCGGCUCUCGGAAAAGUCAUUUCGCAGCUUUCUUCUCGCCAGUCCGGCUCUCAUGUUUCGUACCGUGACUCAAAACUCACCCGUCUUCUCCAGGAUUCACUGGGCGGCAACGCUUAUACCUACAUGAUCGCCUGUGUGACCCCUGCUGAGUUCCACUUGAGCGAAACUCUCAAUACUGUUUCAUACGCCCAGCGCGCUCGUGCUAUCCAGAGCAAGCCCCGAAUCCAACAAGUUGCCGACGAGGGGGACAAACAUGCUUUGAUCGAACGCUUGAAAGCCGAGGUUGCAUUCCUUCGACAACAGAUCCGCAAUUCAGAGGGAUCAGAACGCCGCGACACAACCUCAACUGACCGCAGCGACCGCAAGAACGAGCGAGAGAUUCAGCUGCAAAACCAACUUCUCGACGUCCAAGAGAGCUAUAAUGCCCUCAGCCAGCGCCAUACCAAGCUGAUUUCUCAUCUGGCCGACGAUAACCAGGCCGCCAACGGCGAGGUUGAUGAUACCACUGUUGAUGGAAAGAUGUCCAUUGAGCGAAUGCAGCGAUCGCGCUCCUUCGCCGAGUCUGUGGAGCAGGUGGUUCUCGAAUACGAGAAAACCAUCCAAGCCCUCGAGUCCUCCUUGUCUGACACGCGAUCCUCUCUAGCAACUACUGAAAGCACUUUGCUUGAGCGAGAGACUAAAUGUACUUAUGUUGAGACUGUUAACGCACAGUUGCAGUCCCGCAUUCAAAAAUUCUUAGAUCGGGAGGUGGGCACUGAGACCUACCUCCAUGAACUGGAGUCUAAGCUCGAUGGUGCCUCUACCGGAGAGGAGAAACAUGCGGCUAUCGUGGCCGAGCUGCGCAAGGAGAUCAGCCGCGCACGUGAAAAUGAAACUAGCUGCGAGGAAUACAUCUCAACAUUGGAGGACCGCCUGGCCGAAUCUGACCAAGACAUGGAGCUAAUGCAGCGCGAGGUCAUCCGCCUCGAGCAUGUCAUUCAGCGCCAGAGAGGCCUUGGGCAGCUGGAUAAUCUGCUUCAGGACCUUGAUUCGCGCCACCACAAUGCUGACGAACAGCCCGAAGCCCCCAACGGUGUCAAUUCUUCCUAUGCUCCCGUUCCUGCUAAGACUCAGUUCCACCGACACACCCCAUCCCUGGAUGUUCUGAACGAAGCCGUUGAAGUAGCCAUCCCCGAGUCCGAUGAGGAUCUUGGCGAGCCGAUUAUUGAGGUUGACGAGGAAUCGGUAGCCGAAGUUGAGCAGCCCGCCAGCGAGACCAGCGAUGACCUGAGAGUCUUGGAGAAUGUCACCAGCAAAUUGGAGGCCCGUCGCUCGGAGGCUCUACGUGAAGACCCUGUUACUAGCCCUGCCCAAUCUCAGUUUGUUGCCGACAAGCUUGAGACUGUUACCCAGGAGCUUUUCGACUUGCGCCUCUCCCAUGAAGGUGCUCUUGGGGACUAUGAGUUGCUUGAAUCAAAGUACGAAGAGGCCAUGAAGGAACUGGCUGCGCUGCGCCAGGACAAGCUUGAUGAAACACUUCAUCCGGCCCCGAUCUGGAGCACAACAUUCAUUCUCGCAAUCGCUCUCCUCGGAAUUAUCCUCGGCGAGGGAUCGACUGCAUUGCGCGAAUCAUCUGAUGACUCGAAACUUGAGAACCCAGAGACUCCAGUCACCCCGAUGGCACCUUCCACCAUCGCGCCAUCUGACGCUGAGGACCUGGACAGGAUGCGCAAGGUUCUUGCCGAGCAUCAGGAGGGCACGGAUUUGAUGACUCAGAAGUAUGGUCAGCUCCAGACUGAGCAUGAGGAGAUUCUUCUACUUGUUGAAAAGCUUAAGGCCGAGGCCGAGGCACAGCGCGCUAAGACAAGCUCCCCUACCACUCCUGGCUUCAAGAUGAUCCGCCGCAUGACAAGCCAAAAUCUUCUCUCCGGCGUGGACCGUGCUCACCGUUCUCUGACAUCGCUGCGUACCAUUGCGAAUGAGGAGUUCUCCAGCAAGCCGGAGACGCUACAAAACUUCGAGGUUCACCUGGAUGCGACUAUGCACGAACUGGCCACCCGCAUGGAGCGACUGCAGUCACUCGAAGCUGAAAACCAGAGCGUGAAGAAGGAAAUGGAGAUGAAGUCCACUAUCAUUUCCGGCCUGACCCGAGAGCGCUCGAGUUUGCAAGGUGGCUCCUCUGUGGACAUGGGUAUGGUCGGCCAAUUACGUGAUCAGAUCAUUGCCCAGGAGAACCAAAUCAAUGAGCUUAAGCAAGCGCAUGAAGCUCGCGAGAAGCAGUUGUUGUUCGAGAUGGAGACCCUUGAGGGUCUUCUAAAGAGCCAAGAGUCUGCCACUAAGGCCAUGGAUGCUGGCGCGGAAGAGCAAGACAAGAAGAUUGACGCUCUGGAAGGGGAACUUUCCGAGUGGAAGGGCAAGCACCAAAAUGCCCUUACAUCUCUGCAGUCGUCUGAGACACAGCUCUCGACAACUCUAGCCGAACUUGAGACUGCCCUGGCUUCUGUAGAAGCAAUGCGCUCUGAGCGCGCUGCUGCGGAUGGCUCUUCCGACAGGGAAGCUGCUGCACAGGCCCUUGAGUCUGAACGAUUCAAGCAACAGGAGCUUGUGGAAAAGCUGAAGAACGACAUUGACCAGCAUCAAUCCACCAUCACCGCCCAGAUCGCUACUAUUGCUGGCUUGGAGCAAUCACACGCCGACGCUCAAAAGCAACUAUCUGCAGCUAAGGAGAGCGGCAGCGGCUCGGCAGACUCCCAGCAGGCCCGAGUUGCGGAGCUUGAAGAGCAUAUCUCUAUCCACAAGUCGGUCAUUGAUACCCACAAAUCUGACCUCGAAUCCCUGCAGAGCUCCCAUGCCACGGAACUGACAGAGUUGGAGGAACGAACCAAGGCUGCGGUUCUGGCUGAGCACGAGUCUCGCAUCGCCGAGAAGGAUGCCGAGCAUGAUAGGUCAAUGGCGGCUUUGCAGAAGGACAUUGCUGACUCGCGCGAUGAAUUGGUCAAGCUCAUCGGAUCCGUCUCAACUCUGCUCAGCACGGAUGUUACUGCCGAGAAUAUGACUGACCAGAUUCAAGAUGUUCUGGCCCAGAAACAGCAUUUCUCUGAGAAGUACGCGGAGUUGAUGGACACUAAUGAGGAUCUUCGCAAGCAAAUUGAAAAUGUAAAUGUCGAGGAGUUGACAAAGAAGAGCUCCACCCAGGAUGCCAAGGUUAACGAGCUGGCUCUCUUGGUCGCAACACUGGAGGACACUCUUCGUCAAAAGGACGAGCAGGUCAAGAAGAAGGAGGCGCUAGUUGAUGAGAUCACUCUCGAGAAGGAGAAGAGCGUUCGCUUGGUCGAGGAACUCGAGGAGCAGAUUACCAACAGCUUUGACCAACACCACAACCGUCUCUCGGUUAUUCAGCAAGAGCGCGAUCAGGUCCUGGAGGAUACCAAGGCUAGAGUCGUUGUUCUUGAGAAGGAAAUUGAGACCUACCAAGUGCGAAUUGAGCAGCUGGAGCUUCAAAUCAAGAACAGCGGAUCUCAGGAUGGUGCCCACGACCGAAGCAGUUCCCUCACUUCCAAUCUUCGGAAGAGCUCAUCUGCUGCGUCCCUGCCCUCUCCUCCUCCAGCUAUCCCUCUCCCUCCGCUCCCCUCUAUUGCCUCUGGCAGUGUCUCCCCACCCGGUUCUCGCCAUGCCAGCAGGGAGCUGGUGAAUGCCCAGCUCGUUGAGGACCAAGAAACUCGCAUCCGGACGAUUGAGAAGCACCUCUAUGCUGAGAAGCAACUUACCGCUACCCUCGAGGAAGCUCUUGGUGACCUGGAAGCUCAAAGCAGCAAGGUCAAGACCGACUGCGAGGGCUGGAAGAAGAAGGCCUGGGGUCUUGAGGACGAACUGUCCACCCUUCGCAAGGAGCGUAACUCCGCCCGCCUUUCCCUUCAGGCCGUCGAAGAAGAGCGCAGUGCCCGCAAAGAGGCUGAGGCGGCGCGUGCCCAAUUGGAAGAACGGAUGAACGCCCUCAACAAGAAAAAGAAGAAGAGCACCCUCAACUGCUUCUAA